AUGAAAAUUUUCAUCAGUAAACCCUCACCGUUGUUCCUAAUUUUCAUCCUCAUCGUUAUUUUAACCACCCAUUUCCUCCCCACGGUCCGAUCAAGCCCCAAUUUCCUCAAAUUACCCUCCGAUCAAGAAGAAGAUGGACAUCUUUGCUCAGCAAAUUCGAAACCCGAUUUGUGCCCCGUGAAGUGCUUCAGACCCGACCCCGUCUGCGGCGCCGACGGGGUGACCUACUGGUGCGGCUGUGCAGACGCGCAUUGCGCGGGGACGUCUGUGAAGAAAUUGGGAUUUUGUGAGGUCGGCAAUGGCGGUCCCGGCCAGGCCUUGUUGCUGCAUUGUCAUUAUCAAUAUGAACUGCCACACAAUAUGGAAUGA